AUGACGGUGACGGAAAAACUAGCCAGUUCUAUAGACACUUUUUGUGAUUCCCCUAAAGACUGCCGAGCGUGUCUCUUACUCACAACCAUCGCAUGGUUUCUCCAUACCUUCCUGUCCUAUGGCACAGACAGUUGGGUGGAACUGUCAGAGGGACCAACAGAGAGCAACCAAGGGCUCUGGAACCACUGUAGCAAGUCGCUCAGUAACACAGACAUCACUUGCCGUCAAUCAGUCAGUUACUUCCUGAUGUACAGAAAUCAAGAUGUACCGGCAUGGCUUCACGCUACCAGAUUCUUCCAAAGUAUUGGUCUCCUCAUGUCUCUUGCGUCAGUCGUGUCGUCCAUUUUCUGUACGUUCCUUAUUAUAACAGACAGAAAGAGAGACUCUCAAGUUGCUGCAGUGGUAAUAAAUUUUGUAGCAGCCUGCAGUAUGUUAAUAGGAAGCAGUAUUUACGGUGGACAAUACCGUUAUGCAGGGUGGCUGAAGGGCUACUAUCUGUCCUGGUCAUUUGCUUUCUCAAUUUUAGCCGGAUUUGCUCAUCUAGUAUCCGGAUCUAUAUAUAUGUUUACAUUACCGAAUUCAGACUCCAUUCAAACGAUUUCAAAUAAUGAAACAACAAACCAAUCUCAACAACCCGGUGAAAUUGUUAACAACCGUGAUGUUCAUGUAAACAUACCGGUACCUUUAGCCCCGCCUGAUGCAUAUCUAUACUAUAUCCCGCCGUCCAAUGAAGAAAAUCAUCCACGAUAUCCUCCCAGAGGUGUUAUCAAUUCACCACAACCUGCUAGCACCAAUCGACGACAUGCAGUGAACAGUGGUCAAAAUCCCGCGUCCACCCAGAACACUGGAACUGAUACACAGAGCGAUGACGAUACCUGCAUUGUUUGCUUCGAUCAUCGUGUAGAAAUCCUACUUCGACCGUGCUAUCAUUUUAAUCUAUGUGAGGUUUGCUCUUUGCUCGUGACUCAGUGUCCAACAUGCAGAGGUUUCAUCCAAGAAAAAAUUAAGCCAUACCGAUAGCUUACAUAUUGAAUAGUUGCAUCAUUGAUUAAGAUUAAUUUAGGUGCACCCCCUAAUCCAUAUAA